AUGAGUACACAUGUACAGCCCCUUGUAAUGCAGAUCAUUGUAGACCGUGACCUAGUCAAACAACCGGAAUGGACGACAGGCCCUCUGAUGGCCCAAGCUGCGCAUGCAGCUACGGCGGCCCUAGCUGAGUCAUGGAUGCAUGAAAAUACACGCGCCUACGUGAGCACGGACAAUUUGCCCCAUAUGCACAAGAUUGUCUUGCAAACGCCCAAAGGUGUGACUCUUACAGCAUUGUCGGAGCAGCUGCGAGGCGUCACCGAGCCAGACAUGCCAACGCACUACUUGUGGACCGAGCAGCCUGAGAACGUUCCUACUUGUCUUGCUAUCGCGCCCAAUCGCAAACCGGCGUGCUUGACGCAGAUUCUAAAGAAAUGUACAUUGCUACGUAGCUAA